CUGAGGAGAGGAGAGUGUUGGAGCCACUGAUUAAGCUACAGAAGUGGGGAAGUGGACACACAGCUGGGCUACAGGGUGGCUUUAGUGCCUCUAAAUCUUACACUCACCUUCAAACAAACUGAUGCAGAAGAGGACGAUGAAGAACUUGUUCCUCCUGCUCACGCUAACAAUGAUGCCACUUCCUGCAUCUUCAGCCCGCAAGGUGAAGCGGCAGAUUGAUUUCUGGGGGGGCUGGGGAGAAUGGAGCGAGUGCAGUCGGAGCUGUGGCGGGGGCAUCAGCUUUCGGCAACGGCGCUGCUACUCACAAAGGACAGAUGGUGGGUCUAACUGUAUUGGACCAACUCGAAACCAUCGCUUGUGCAAUAUUCAGAGCUGCCCUGAGGGCUCCAGGGACUUCCGAGCAGAGCAGUGUGCUGAGUUUGAUGGGACAGAAUUCCAAGGAAAGAGAUACAAGUGGCUGCCUUAUUAUGGAGCUCCCAAUAAAUGCGAGUUAAACUGUAUUCCCAAGGGAGAGAACUUCUACUACAGGCACAAGGAAGCAGUGGCUGAUGGGACGCCCUGUGAGCCAGGCAAACGGGAUGUCUGUGUCGAGGGAGUCUGCCAAGCUGUCGGCUGUGAUAACAUGCUCAAUUCUGCCAAGAAGGAAGACAAGUGCCUGCAGUGUGGAGGGGAUGGCAGGGCCUGUUACGAAGUGAAGGGCACUUUUGAUGUGCUCAACCUCCCCAAAGGUUACAAUCAAAUCUUCAUCAUUCCCAUGGGAGCCACAAGCCUCCGCAUUAAGGAAGUUAUGCCCAGCAGGAACUUCCUGGCCAUCAAGAAUGUGCAGGGGGAAUACUAUCUGAAUGGGCACUGGACGAUUGACUUCAGCCGAGACCUGCACAUCGCUAGCACAGUUGUGCACUAUGAUAGAGGCUCGGAGGGGGACCUGGCCCCUGAGCUGCUUCACUCCAGGGGUCCCACCACUGAGCCCUUAGUCACUGAGCUCAUCAGCCAGGAGCCAAACCAGGGGGUGCAGUAUGAAUACUACCUGCCCUUGCAAGGGCACAGCUCGGGCUACAGCUGGAGCUAUGGCUCCUGGAGUGAUUGCAGCUCUGAGUGUGGCGGAGGUUACCAGUCACGCCUGAUGUUCUGCACCAUAGACAAUGAAGCCUAUCCAGACUAUAUGUGCAGGGACAAACCAAAGCCAGCCAAUAACCGGACAUGUGGUCUUCAAGCCUGUCCCCAGACAAAACGGAUAUCUUACAUCUAUCUGCCGAGAAUGUGGAGCCACAGCGGAGCCUGGAGCUCUCAAAUGAAGAGCUGGAAAACCGGGGAGUGGGGAGCCUGCUCAGCCACCUGCGGGGGAGGUACCCAAACGCGUUCCGUUUACUGCAUGUCAUACAAUGGACAAGGCUCCACGGGGGUGGUGGACGAUGCCAAGUGCAUGGCCUUUGCCGAGCAGCCCCGCAGCACGCAGCCCUGCAACAUGCGACAGUGUGCAACGUGGAGCGCAGGGCCCUGGUCAGAGUGCUCAGCCAGCUGUGGAGAGGGUGUUCAGACCCGGACUGUCACCUGCAGAACCGAGUUGGGAUCUGAGACUCAAGACUUUGCCUGCCUGACAGAGCCUAAACCACUCCUCAGACAGCCCUGCAGCAAGGAGAAUUGCAUCCAGAAAAUUGGUUGGCACAUUGGAGUCUGGGGCCUGUGUUCGAAGAGCUGUGACUCAGGCAUCCGAAAACGCCAGGUCAUCUGUGCUGAUGGCGAUUCCAAAUUCUACCCCCCUGAGACGUGCAAGGCCAGCCAGCCGCAGACCCCAGCCGUGCUGGGAAGCUGCAACACUCAGCCCUGCUAUCUGCCGCAGCAGGUUCCCAGUAUGCAGGACACCACAGGCUAUGACAUCAGCCGAGAGUACUUGCUGACCCGCUACUACCCAGACAGUGGCACUGCAGUUUAUAGCAAUGAAAGAACAAUCCAAGGUAGCUCCACACACCAUCAGCUCCAGCCCAGUGAAGACCAUAGCUCUAACUUCUUGCCUCUUCGUUGGGAAUCCCACUCAAGCUCUUCAGGAUCCCGGCAGUUCAGCUCCCAUCAGGAUAUUGCCACAGGGACUGGCCCUUGGGACUGCAGCCAGAGCCCUCAUGGCUGCUGCUCAGAUGGCCGCACUCCGGCUUCUGGCCCUUUUGGGCAAGGCUGCCCCUUCAGCACAUGCCAUCAGAGCAGGUAUGGAUGCUGUCCUGAUGGAAUAUCAGCUGCCCAGGGCCCCAACAAUGUGGGUUGCACACAAUAUUACAGUGAUGUUUAUAUGAGCAGAAACAGGCCCGCUGCAGCCUCCCCAACGGCAAGCCAAGCUUUGUCCCAGCAGAACCCGUCUGAUGAGUGUCGAGGGUCUUUCUAUGGCUGCUGCUAUGACAACAUUGCUACAGCUUCAGGACCUCAAGGGGAAGGAUGCCUCAACAGACCCAGCCAACCUUAUCCUGUCAAGUGUCUGCUGCCCAGUGCCCAGGGCCCCUGCACAGACUGGACCACUCGCUGGUACUUUGUAACUGCUGUCAGCAAGUGCAACCGGUUCUGGUAUGGUGGUUGCCAUGGCAACACAAACAACUUUGCCUCAGAGGAGGAGUGCAUGAGGGCCUGCCAAGGCUCCACUGGAACAAGCAGUGUGCGGCACCAGCACCACAGGGGGACUUCGCACAUCCACUCUGGCUCCCACCCACGAGAGGGAGAAGCCCAAGGACAGCCGCAGCCAUCUGCAAGAGGGACUGAGAAUCAUAGCCAAGGAGGAGGAACACGAGGGUCCUUCCAUGUUAUCCAGCCUGGGCCUGAUAGCCAUACAGCAUGGCAGGGCACAGGGCUGCACCACAGGGAGAAUGGCUGGAGCAGGACCAUGAAUGUGGAUAUACUGCCAGAGUCUUCACAGAGGAAUGGCACUUUGGUUAGCCAGCGCUGGGGCUCUCGUCACUCUUCAGCUCCUGGGGAAAGGAGGACAGACCAAUCAAGCCAGCUGCAUGGCAGGGGAGAAACAAUGGUGUCUGGGCACUCGGAGAGGCAGCUAACUGUCAAUGGGCAGGUGGUGCAGCAUGAACAUGAGCGGUGGCGGAGUUCCUCUGGAGCAGACACUCCAGGGGUGGAUGGACUUGGGCAUCGAACCUUGCCGGGUUCCACCUUGCAGCGAAGCUUGUACAGAGUCAUCCUGGAAGGAGCCGAGUCCUCUGUAGUGGAGGCAGCCUUGGGACAGACCGUUCAUCUUCUCUGCAAGGCAGGUUCUUUUCCCUUCCCCAGAAUUGAGUGGCAGAAAGAUGGGAAGCCACUAUCAUCUGACAGGCAUGCCUACCAGUCUGACAGUUCUUUGGUGAUCAGCCGUGUCAGGGCUGAGGAUGCUGGGAUGUACACAUGCAUAACUUCAGAUGGGAAGAUGGAGAGCCGACAGAUUCAGCUAAGGAUCAAAGAGGACCGUGGAUCUCCUCUGACAGAGGGUAUUAGAGGUCGGCUCCUCCAUGGUCUGAAUCACCAACACAGAGAUCUCACCAGAGGAGUUAAUACUGUACAGUCAUCUGGUUCCUCUGUACACCAGCCACUCAUGUACAGAUUAAUAAUGGAUAAGAAUGAGCCUUCGGUGGUGGAUGCCAACAUUGGGGAGCAAGUCAGACUGCCCUGCAGAGUAGAAGCCUCACCUGCUUUAACCAUCGAAUGGCAGAAGGACGGGCAGCCUGUCUCCUCUUCCAGGCACAGGCAGCAGUCAGAUGGUGCCCUGGUGAUCAGUCGUGUUGGCUCUGAAGAUGCUGGCUUCUUCACCUGCAUCGCUUCGAAUGGCCGUGACCAGGAUCAACGGCAGAUCCAACUUCGGACUCUAGGAGAGCUGAGGAUCACGGGCCUGCUGCCAAGCCUCACUGUGUUGGAGGGAGAGAAUGCCCAGCUCCAGUGCAUGGUGACAGGCAACAAUGUGAAUGUCAGAUGGUCAAGGAAUGGAGUUCCAAUGCGAGCGGAUGGUCACCACAUCCACCUGUCACAGGAUGGAAGCCUGAUUAUAAACAAUGCUCAGGCUGGUGACGAGGGAUCUUACACAUGCAAUGCCUACAGGGGCAGCAACUCUGUCAGUGCCAGCACCAAGGUGAAAGUGAUUAAGAGCAGACCUGAAGCUGUGGACCUGACCACCCAGUGUGUUGACCAGCCACACCUUGCCAACUGUGAUCUGAUCAUACAGGCCCAGCUCUGCACUAAUGAGUAUUACUCCAGCUUCUGCUGUGCCAGCUGUUCUCAGUACCAACCCCAGGACAACCCUUCUCACCAACAGGGAUGAGAAUCAGCUCUAGCCCAGCUCCCAAGAGAUGGCGGCCUAGGAAGAUUACUGGACAGGAACAGGGACUUUGUCCUUUUUACCCCAAAAAAACACAUUCUAGGAGCCUCGCUCUGCUCAUCACUCAGGUGGGCUGUUUUGCCAAUAUAUGAAUGCUACUCAGUGCCAUUGUUCAGAGGCAGUAGAAGCUCCACUGUCCUAAACACAUCACAGCUUCUUGUUUUCACACACACUUUGCUACAACAAACACCUGCCUUCAUUCACAGAAGAAAUACUAAGAACCAAAGAAUCCUGUUACUUUAGAGAAGCUUAACAGGCAGCGUGAAAGAGAGGGAGACACACUUCAUGCAAGCAAGAGAAAGCUUUCCUAAAAACAAAAUCUGUGAGCCACUUGGAGAAAGACAACCACCAUCCACUAAUACCCUGAACAGUGAGGCAGAAUGUUCCCAUCUAAAAGCCUGUGGGCACCGAAGGGCAACAGAACCUAUUGCAUGUAAACAUGGUGGUCUAAUCCCAUGACAGCCUCAGUGUUUCUCGAAGGCUAUUUCUUUCAUCCUAACACACUUCACAAACAUAACUCCAGACACAGGUCAUUUCAGCGUCCACUGAAAUAUGGCGAGUUUUGGGAAGAAACAGAUAUUGCUUAACUGAUCACAGCAACAGGGGCAUUUCAGGUGGGCCAAGUCCCUGUGCUUUAACCAUUCCUGCUUUUCUAAUUCAUCCAGCACCAUGCUGGGGCUUAGCACAAAGACUGCUUUCUGCCAACUGACUCCCCAGUGUUUUAGAGCUCUGUCCUCGCUUAACUGCCACGACUACAUGUCCUUUAGGACCCCACCCUCUCGGAGCGGUGGAGGAAGGCAUUCCAGCAGGGUGGUACUACAGGUAAGGAAUUCCACAUGCAGUGUAAAUAGAACAGAAGCAUUCAUCAGUCAUUUUGUGACCAACAAAGGGUGGCACCAUCAAAUGUAUACAAAGGACUGUGAAAGAAAACUGCAGUGCCUUGCUCAAGCCAAGACACGGUAACAUCCCCAAACAAUUAUUGCCUCCUACACUAGUGUAUUAUGUAUAAAGCUUCCUCUAGAGAAUUACUGGCAUAUGGAGCACCAUCUCCUUGUUCCAACAUGCCUGCUGUAGCUUGAGUGAGUUGGUCAGCUACACCCCUACGCUACGUUUCAGCAUGUGUAGAGGCCUAACCUACUCAGUGUUAUUCAACCUUUGGUAUUUCCCUCUUUGAUUCUAGGCUGGGCCCUGAAGCACUGCUUUUCCCUCCCAGCCAGCUGUCCCCACACAGUGUUGCUGAGUCCAUUUUACUAGCAUAAAACUGGAUUUUGGUCAGUUCAUGUGGGUUGUAGUGAAUGUGUGCUGGGUACAUGCUGAGGUCUAAACUAGUCAACAAACCUAAUAAUCUGCUAGGAAAGUCUCUAUUUUCUACUCUUUAACAAGGUUGAGCAAAAUUUUACUGUAGCAUAUCCCAUCACCUUUUCUCCUCCCAUGCAGGGUACUAAGCAAAAUUAGCCAUCCUUUCCUGUAACAGACUUUCUUUGCUCCUGUAUAAGGCAGCAUGGAAGUCUCCAUUCUCUUCCUAGUCUUGCUGUGACAUUAAGCAAAUCCCAACCCUUCUCUGCCUCAGUUUCUCCAUUAGUGAAAUAGGGACACCACCUGCCACACAGGAGUGUUAAGCACUUUUCUGGUUGGCAGUCACCAAGUGGAGAAAUAUAAAUUAGUGAAAUUCAAUUCCUAAAUCUCUCAAUAUUAAGAUUCCUCUCAGGGGGCUGUGUAUGUUCUCUACAUAGCACCAGCAGCAGGAGAACACCACUAGAGGCUAGCCCUGCCCCCUUCUGAUUUACCAUUGCAAUGCCCUGAAGCAAGCAUAUAGAGAAAAGUGAACGAAACACAGUUAGAACUUUAUCCGAAACUGAGUGGUCACCACACUUCCCCCAGGCUGAGCUGAAGACGAUUUACUAGUGUUUAAAACGUUAGCAAGAGUCAACCUUUGGUUAAGUUAUACAAUUAUGUAGCACUCAUGUAAAUGGUCAGCUCCUGCAGCACAGGAUUGGUAAUAAGUUCCACUUGAAGUAAAGGCCUUUUUUUGGUUAAAGCAGCUGAUGUCACCAUCUAGUUUUGAUGAAGUGGAGUUAGUUACAUUAAGUUGCUCAUACUCUCUCUUCACUGUAGAAAGAUGGAUGAUGGCCAGUUUCAGUAUAGAUAUUUUGAAGCAGCUGUCCAGGUAUUUGAUUUUUCAAAUGGAUUCCUAAAUAGACCCGUUACUUCACACUGUUUUAAAAAGACAUACAACCACCUUACAAACUGAAUGAAGAUGUCCUUUCCCCUACCCAUUUUAUUCUCUGAGAUUUUGCUGAAGCUUUAAUUGUAUAGUAACCAAACUAGCAGGUUGUUUACUUUUUUGGGCUGUCUCUAAAUAUCAUGAAGUAAAAUAUGUUCACUGUUCAGGGAAGAAUGUUAGUGGACUGCAGGAAGAUCACAUUCUGCUUGGACUGACAUCAAAUCUGAAUGUUGUAUUCCCCUUGACUGGCUAUCUACAAGAGGAAUGAAAAGUGACAUUUAUGGUAGCAUUUGUAUUUGAUGUUGCAGAAAAAGUGGUCACGCUGUAUUUGAGAAAUGGUAUGUUCAUGGUAUUAGACAACACAAGGGGCAGAGUUAAUGUUGCACGGCCAAUCUUAAACUCAGCAUUGCCUGACUUGAGUGCUUAGCCAUGCAACUUUAAAAUAACACAAUAAACGGACCUUUUUUUUUUUUUAAAAAAAGGUAGCACUUGCUAAGUCUGGAGGAACAUGGCCUAGGGUGCGUCUUACCCCAUGGACACACAUCAGGUUCUAGCAGUCACAGAAAGUACCAAUUUAUUUCAAUGGAAAAAUAAAAGCACAAGUUCCCUUUACCUGGGUUUAGUGUUUGAGACUAAACUUCUCUUAUCAUUCAAGAUACAAAUUACUGGAUUCAGCAGAAUGAUGAACUUUUUAAAAAGGGAAAUAUGAGCCACGUAGUGGCUUGUGUUUUAUACUUAGCCUCUCUGCACAGGAAAUCUAAGCACAUUCACCAACGCUCUUAUUGCAUCACCACUUACCUUAAUAGCAUAGGCAGCAGCUUACAUAUUUGUGGAAUACAAAGAACCUCAGAAAAAAUGGAGAACAGUGAGAACAGAGAUUGAUUGCCUUCUCCAGGGGCUGCCAGGAUCUUCAUGCCUUUAUGCUGGGUAAGAGAAAAACACCUUCUCUACUCUUUCCCAUUCUGUUACGUGACACAGGAAGACUGAUAGCUUUGGGCAUAACUGCCAUGGAACAGAAGGGUAUCCACCCCCUGGAAACAAAUAAGAGCCUGAGACAUUCACUCUGAUAUGUGAAUCAGUGAUGCAAAUCAAGGAUCUCACUAGGCAGUGAAAAAUGCUAUGAGUCUGAUUUUCAAAAUACUCAAAACAUUCAAAUGAAGUCAAUGAGAACCUUGGGUGCCCAGCACAUUUAAAAAUCAGGUCCAAGAGCUCUAGGUAACCAGUUUUAAUAGUAUGUAGAAAAUAUGAGAAAAGGAAUUUAGCUGUUGAAAGAAUCAAUAUUUUGUUUAACACAGGCACUGAAGUGACUUCUCAGCUUAUCAGGCAAGUAAGGGUAUGAACUGAGUGCACAGGAUACAAAGAAGGCAUGCAGAGGGAGAAAGAAGGAAAACUUUGCAAAAUGCAAGUUUCUACCACCAACAUUUAUUUCUGUUAAAGCAGAUUAUAAAUCAUCAUCAUCAUCAGUACAAAUAUAUAACUUACUUUUGCUUGUAAGGCCAAAGUUUAAAAGUAAAGUUAAAAUGAGAUGGAUUUCACAAGUCACCAGAGGCAGAACUUGGAACAGCUGCAGCCCUAAUCACAAGUUUCACAAACAAAGUUAAAAAACGAAUCUAUGGAGCAAACACAAAAUGGGUUCCUGGGUAGCCCCAGAUUGUAGAUAUGGGUACAGUAAAUCACAGUAG